ACGCUGGAGGCCUCCGAGUCGGCGGGUGUCACGUUUCCAGGGGAACAGUCGGAUGGUCAGACCGGUUCUGAGGUGGUGUAGGUGGACCUGCUGCUGGCCCCGCCCCCUCCAUCAUAUGCACCGGCUGUGGAAAUGCAGUCCCAUUCAGCAUCUCACCUUACCGAGCUCACACCUGCUCCCUGAACAGCACCACCAUGGUCUCCGCUGGGCUCCAGAUGCUGGGCACCGCCCUGGGCAUCCUCGGCUGGAUCGGCGCCAUCAUCGUCUGCGCCAUCCCCAUGUGGAAGGUGACGGCCUUCAUCGGCAGCAACAUCGUUACCUCGCAGACCUCCUGGGAAGGGAUCUGGAUGAGCUGCGUGGUGCAGAGCACGGGCCAGAUGCAGUGCAAGGUCUACGACUCCAUGCUGGCGCUCAGCUCCGACCUCCAGGCCGCCCGGGCCUUGACCAUCAUCUCCAUCGUGGUGGGCAUCCUGGCCAUCCUGCUGUCCGUGGCCGGGGGGAAAUGCACUAACUGCGUGGAGGACGAAGCCUCCAAAUCCAAAGUGGGCGUGGCAUCCGGGGUGAUGUUCAUCGUGGCCGGGGUUCUCUGCCUGAUCCCAGUGUGCUGGACGGCCCACACCAUCAUCCGGGACUUCUACAACCCCUUGAUGGUCAACGCCCAGAAGAGGGAGCUGGGCGCCAUGGCGUCUCAGGGCCUCCAGCUCAUGGGUGUCCUCUUGGCUUUCGUCGGCUGGCUGGGCACCAUCAUCACCUGCGCCCUGCCCAUGUGGAGGGUCACCGCCUUCGUGGGCGCCAACAUCGUGACGGCGCAGGUGAUCUGGGAGGGUCUGUGGAUGACCUGCGUGGUGCAGAGCACCGGCCAGAUGCAGUGCAAGGUCUACGACUCCAUGCUGGCGCUGCCGCAGGACCUGCAGGCUGCCCGGGCCAUGGUGGUGGUCUCGGUCAUCGUCGGCGUCUUCGGGGUGCUGGUGGCGGUGGCCGGAGGCAAGUGCACCAACUGCAUGGAGGACGAAGCCGCCAAGGCCAAAGCCUGCAUCGCAUCCGGCGUGGUCUUCAUCGUCGCGGCUCUGCUGAUCAUGAUCCCGGUGUCGUGGUCGGCGCACGCCGUCAUCAGGGACUUCUACAACCCCAUGGUGGUGGCGGCUCAGAGGAGGGAGCUGGGCGCCGCGCUCUACCUGGGCUGGGGCGCGUCGGGGCUCCUGCUGCUGGGAGGAGGCCUGCUCUGCAACAACUGCCCUCCCAGAGAGUCGCGGCCGUACGGGUCGGCCAAGUUUGCACCGGUCCGGAGCGCCGCGUCCAACGUGGACUACGUGUGAGAGCCGCUCUGAUCCAAGGUCAUCUGCUGGUCUGUGCAACCACAUGGUCAUGAAUCUCUCUCUGUGUAGACAUGAAGUACUUCAUUCAUUGAAAUCAGACUUUUUUUGUUUCAUUUUCCUCGUGGUUUUUAUCCAUGCCUGACAACGCUUUUGUAUUUUUGUAUUUUCUACUCUUUAUCCAAACAAACACUCAAGGAAAGGUGGAUCGAACGAAAGCGCAAGUGUUUCCAUUUUUAAUUUAUUGUUGCGAUCGCAUUUUUGAACUCCAGAAAACCAAACAUUGUGACGCUCCAACUUUCU